AGCUGGGCAGUGGACGAUGAGGAAGGCUUGUGUUGUCGUCUGGUUCGCGCUGACGGUGCCCCUGUUUCUGCUGAAUCGCUGCGAUGGGCUUCUGGCAGCGGAUGCCCGGAAUCUGGACUGGGCUGCAGUUACAGGUCACAUCAGAAUCUCUCUUUUGAUGCCUGUUUCUGUCCUUUUGAGGCCUCAUGAGAGUAAGCGAGUUGUCAUUACAAACAUUAGUCACCAAGCUGCCUCUGUGGUUGCCCAAGUGUACUCGCACAUGCAGAAUGUGACAGUCUCGCUCUCUAGGUUCUUUGCUGUAGAUGCAUCUUAUACAAGCUCAAGUGCUGGUGUGGUCCUCAUGUUGCAGCCCACUGCUAAACAGGCAACAUUCUACAUCAGAGCUGGGGAGGAGGAGGUGUCCGCAACUCUGUUUGCCCUGCCCUACUCAGCCCAAGAACCCAUACCUGGUGCCUGCAACCUCGAGUUUACCUUGGAAAAUGACCCAAACUUGCACUUGAUGUUCAAUGUGUAUGAAACCACUGUAUCAUUUGCGCCAGCUAACCUGGGUGUAAGCAGAGGGUUGCUGCCCCCUGCCUGUGAUGUUAGGACAGAUUCUCAUACUAGGUGGAGGUUGACCUACGAUCUUUACCAAUAUUUUCUACCUGAGAAUGACCUGAGUGUGACAAGUCUAUUAACUGGAAUGAGGAAGAUGUCAUCUGUUCAAAGCAUAGAAGUGAAUGGAUUGAAGGUAACUACAAUAAGCUCAACUCAGCAGACCAGACUCUAUGGAAAUUCAUAUGUUGGCAUUGGGGUGAUAUAUAAUGUUAUUGUGAGAGAUCCUCUUUUAAAGACCUCUGCAUCUUAUGCCCCUGUGUCCACAUACACCUGUAACAUGUCCUUCAAGGGGUACAAAUGUAAGAAUCCAGAUGAAACAUUCAUUUACAUACAGGUUCUGUGCACCAUAAUUGGAAUCUAUGGUCUGUUGCUCUGCUUAACUGGGCAUAGAAUCUUUGAAGCGGAAUUCCUUUUCUUUGGAUUCCUGAUCUUUGCAUUUAUAAGCUUUGUUGUGGUAACCCGAUUCUCUUCACUUGACUUUAUCAAGCGGUUUGCUGUUUUGGUUGGCAUGGGAUUGUUUGGUGGCUUGUUGAUGACUCUAGUGAGGUGGAGAUUCGGUCUUCCUGUCAUCUGUGUGACAUUUGUGGGAUUUGUGUUGGGAUUUCUGGUGGCAGCAAUCAUUUUCUUCACUCCACUUGCAAAUGUGAAUUUAUUCCAUAACGACCUGAACUUCUGGAUGAUAUAUGCCUUUAUAACACUGGUCAUCCCUACAGUUCUUCUUCCUUUCACGAAAACACUGAACAUCAUCAGUUGUGCUUUGGUUGGCUCAUAUGCUGUGAUUAUUGCAGUUGGCGUUUAUGUCUACAGCAGUUUAACUUACAUAAUUCUAAAUGUUAUCAAAAGAGCAAUACAUCCAGAUUUUGCAAAGGUCUAUAGCAAUGCUCCUUUUCAGCGUACAGAUUACAUUUUGACAUCUGUAUGGGUGUUCUUGUUUGUUAAUGGUGUAGCACUACAGUUUAUUUUGGCAAGAAAUAGAUCAACGUUCCCACCUUGUCCGUACCAGAAAUGGAAGAGGAGAAGCACAGAAAUUGGAGAACGAACACCUCUGUUGCAUCCCCCUGAAAUGUGACUGAAUCUGUGUGUACUUUCUCCACUUCACUUCUACAUAGUUAAUUACGCAUUGACGGUGCAGAAAUCUGCACAGACUAUUCUUCAAAAUGGAGAAGAAUUUUGCCCUUAUCUGACUAUCUCUCAGAAUUUUUUUGGUGAAAUUAGCCAAAUUUUAAAAAUCCCAUUUUGGAUUGAAUAUUCCUGUGUUAGCUAUAUUUGCAAACAUUGUUGGUGUUGAAAGUAAAUGAUUGUAUUCAUGAAACAAUUAACAUUGCAAUAAUUUAUAUAUCCUUCUUAAUGAGACUGAUAGCCUGUCUGUUCAGGCUGUGCGAAAUGGGUCACUUAGUGUCUUGCAUGAUAUUCAGUGGAUCUAAAUUGAAUGUAAUAUCUUGUCCUAUAAGUACGGAUAAAAUUUUAGUUAUUUCCUAUCUGUUCUCUGCUGAAAGUGGGAAUGACAUUCAUGAUCUUUCCCACAAUCCUGAGACCAAACAAGUUUAGUCAAGAGGUUCUUCUUCAUUUUUGCUUUAUAUGUAGAAGAUUAGAACAAUAGAUGAAUAACUGAAAGGGAGUGUUUCUGAGCAUUUCACAUAAAAUUAGCACUUUGGAUGUAUUAACUACUUGCACGUGGUGACAUUUUUAAACAAAAUUGUAACUAGAAUAAUUACACUGCUCUAUAACUUUUUAAUUUUACACUGAAAAUGUACCGUUGCUGAUUAUCUUUGAUCUUUUACAUACUAUCACAAAUAUUAGUUUACACUGUGGUUUCAGAAGACAUUUUCUGAUUCAAAGUUUUGUGUAACUUGUGUCAUUUUUGGGGGGGAUUAAAAGAUACAGAUUUCAAUGCUAUAAUUUGCACACCACUGUUUACUGUGCAGGUUAUCGAUUCCUUGAUGGCUUCAUUUAUGCAAGUAGAACUGUUGAGCAAUUUAUCGUACAUCCUCGAGGUUAAUGGAUCUGGCUUGGAGGUGGGGUGGGGCGGGAAUAGUGUGACUACACUUGUAUGAUUUUUUUUGUCAGAAUUUUGCCAAAUUAGAGUUCAAUAUUUUUGUGUGGCCUUCAAUAUUCCUUCUAGUGUGUGGGAGGAAAUGAUGAAACUAGUAAAACAAGACAUAAAUUCAGGUGUUGGUCUUCAUCAGAUGACACAUUAGGUCUAUCUCGUACCUUCCCCUUUUGAUUUCACAUACCCAACUCUCUUGUUGGAGGGGUCAUGUGGGAUUUGUAUCAGCGUAAAGGCAAAAACUUAAUGACCAAGACUGGCACCUGUGAUUCCGCUCAGACUUCGCUAAUUUGCACUUUUUCACUUUUUUGUUGUGUGCGCAGAGCAAUCUGUACUAUAAUAAGAGUUUUUUUUUAAAGAUCAGGAAAUAUGCAAAUAAAUUUAUCCGUAGAGAUAAUUAUUUUCAGAAUUCCCCUUACUGUAAGAGAUGGUAACAGCAGAAGUUGCAACGCCUGCAUAGAGGUGCAUAGAAACAGAGAUGGUAUAUUCAGCCCUUCAAGAUUGUUCUCCCAUUUCCACUGAGAUGAUUUGAUUUGCAUUCUAGUUCAAUGGCUACGUACCUUUGUUUAAUGCUUCCUGAUACUUACACCCAGAGCUGAAUUUUUGCAAAGAUUAUAACUGUCUCUAUUUGCAUCUAUUGAUGCAUGUUCAAGCAAAAUGGUACUUAUGAAAUCAAGGUCCAAACCUGCCCUUUGGAGCACGUUCCUCAAAGAAAAAUGCAUAAUUUUUAUUCAUAUCUGAUUAGCUUUGUAAACCAUGGCAAAUACUGUAAAGAUGUAAACUUGGUCUAUUUCUCACUUUUUCUUUGAUACUUCCCAACAAUACUAUUAGCUCAGGGUAGCCAGUUAGUUCCUAAAUAACAGCAACAUCACUGCUAAGGGUGUUAACAAAUUGUUCUAGAAAGAAAUCUACAUGUGAAAGUAUCACUGAAAUCAAUUUACAACUAACACUUCACCCAUGUGCUUUUUUUCUUUUUAAAACAAAUGUCUAUUAUAAAAUAGUUGCAAAUAUUUUGUUGUCUGGUUAAUGGAGGGUAUGCAGUAGAAUAAUUUCCUUUACUACUGUUAUUGAGUUUUGACCACUUGAGACAUUUGACGAGUGAUUUACAAUAUCAAGAUGUAAUAAUCUAAUAGAUUUAGUUAAAUAAGAGGCUUUUGGCCUGUGUUUAAAAGGUCUUGCGCACCCUAGCUCUGUGCAUCUAAGACUUUUGCAUAGCAUUGUAUUUGUCAACGUGAGCUGAAAGCAAGUUGUAAAUCUGAUGGGAGCAAAGGAUGCUGGGAAUAGUGAGGGUGGAGGCCUGCGGGAGAGGUGUGGGAGAAGCAGCAGAGAAGGAGUGCCAGUGAUGGGGGAUGGGGAAGUAAUGUGGGUGCAGACAUACCCAGCCCUGAGACACCAGGCAAGGUCAGCUGAUUCCACAGAAUUGGUUUAUUGAUCAUUAUAGAAUGUCUCAGGUGGCUUCCUGCUCCCUUCCCUUUUUCUCAACCAUGGUUCUCCUCUCCCUGCCCCCCACCCUAC